AUGGCAAUCAAUCCGUGUUUUUGCUGGAACAUUAAAGAUGGUACAGUCACUGUUGGCUUAUGGUCAUUGGUUUAUUCAUUGGCAUCGUUGGUACUAUUCGGCUGGCAAUUAAAUGUUAUCAAUUCCUGUCAAACGGUGACAAUGUCACAGGCAAAUCUUCAAUGUGAAUAUUGGUGCCCAUGUGUUGGUGCAUCUAAUGAACGUACAAGUGCCCUAAUACAGGGUAUAUUGCAUUGUACAAUUUGCACUAUUCAGCUGGCAAUCAUAUGCAAUCAAAUAUUAUCGCGACAUUACCGCUAA